AUGGGCGCCAAACCAAUAUCGCGCAAACUCGUCGUGCUCGGAGAUGGUGCUUGCGGCAAGACUUCGCUAUUGACGGUAUUCACAAAAGGAUACUUUCCCACAACAUACGAACCGACAGUAUUUGAGAAUUAUGUAGAGAUGAUGGAAGUGGAUGACCAGGUGGUAGAGCUGAGUCUGUGGGAUACUGCUGGACAAGAAGAGUUUGACCGCCUACGCUCGCUUUCCUAUGCUGAUACGCACUGUGUAAUGCUUUGCUUUUCGGUGGAUUCACCGGUAUCGCUGGAGAAUACCGAGUCCAAGUGGAUACACGAGAUCAACGAGUUUUGCCCGGGUGUCAAGAUUAUUCUUAUCGCUCUGAAAUGCGACUUGCGAGACGACCAAGGCGUAAGAGAUAAACUGGCCCGACGGAAUCUGCAUACAGUGACAUACGACGAGGGGUUGGCCACUGCACGGACUAUCCGCGCGAGCCGUUACUUGGAAUGCUCUGCCAAGCACAACCGUGGGGUGCGUGAGGCUGUCUACGAGGCUGGGCGUGUGGCGGUCGGGAGCCGGGCGAAGGGUGGGGGUUCAGGGGGGCGACUGAAAGGGGAAGGAUGGAAGGACAAGUGCGUGGUGAUGUAG